CCGUGGGGCUGGAGGACGCCGCCGUCCCCGGGCUCGCCGCUGCCCUUCCUGCUGCUGAGCUCCCCGGCGUCCAGCGGCACCAAGCCCCGAAAGGUGAAAGUGGUACAUGCACCGAUGUCUCCUCAGUCAGCAAGCUUUUUUUUUUCUUUUGACAAGGCAAUCAGGGUUAAGUGACUUGCCCAGGAUCACACAGCUAACAUAGGAAAUGAGGGUCCCCACUUCCUGCCUUGUCACUCAGUGUUCCAUUUGGGUGUGAGAUGAGCCUUCAUUAUUAUACCCACCCCCGAAAAUGUCUAAGGCAGAAAGGAAUCGAAGCUGCCCAUUAGACUCCUUCCUCUCUCCAGCAAAGCUGAGUCAUCAUGUCCGCCCUGACACCUCCGACCGAUAUGCCAACCCCUACCACAGACAAGAUCACCCAGGCGGCCAUGGAAACCAUCUACCUUUGCAAAUUUCGGGUGUCUAUGGAUGGAGAGUGGCUAUGUCUCAGGGAGCUGGAUGACAUUUCCCUUACACCAGACCCAGAACCUACCCAUGAAGACUCUUGGGAGGAUUUGACAGAGUUGGUGGAGCAAAUACGUGGCGAUCCAGAAGACCCUAAUUAUCUGAUGGCCAAUGAGCGAAUGAACCUGAUGAACAUGGCCAAGCUGAGCAUAAAGGGGCUGAUCGAGUCGGCACUCAACCUGGGGAGAACCCUAGACUCUGACUACGCUCCUCUCCAGCAGUUCUUUGUGGUCAUGGAGCACUGCCUGAAGCAUGGCUUAAAAGCCAAGAAAACUUUUCUUGGGCAAAACAAAUCCUUCUGGGGCCCGCUGGAGCUGGUGGAGAAGCUUGUUCCUGAAGCCGGAGAGAUAACAGCGAGUGUCAAAGACCUUCCAGGCCUGAAGACGCCUGUGGGCAGAGGGAGAGCCUGGUUGCGCUUGGCAUUGAUGCAGAAGAAGCUCUCGGAAUAUAUGAAAGCCCUGAUCAAUAAGAAGGAACUCCUCAGUGAAUUCUACGAGCCCAAUGCCCUGAUGAUGGAAGAGGAAGGGGCAAUCAUCGCUGGCUUGUUAGUGGGUCUGAAUGUCAUUGAUGCUAAUUUCUGCAUGAAAGGGGAAGAUUUGGACUCCCAGGUUGGAGUUAUAGAUUUUUCCAUGUAUCUCAAGGAUGGGAACAGCACUAAAGGCAGUGAAGGAGAUGGCCAAAUUACUGCUAUUUUGGAUCAGAAGAACUAUGUAGAAGAACUCAACAGACAUUUGAAUGCAACAGUAAACAACCUUCAGGCCAAAGUGGAUGCCUUAGAAAAGUCUAACACCAAGCUGACCGAGGAGCUGGCAGUUGCCAACAACAGGAUCAUCACGCUACAAGAAGAAAUGGAACGUGUCAAAGAGGAAAGUUCCUACAUACUGGAAUCCAAUAGAAAGGUCAACAAGCAAGACAGAACUGCAGAUGGGCAGGCACUGAGUGAAGCCAGAAAACAUCUGAAAGAGGAGACGCAAUUACGACUGGACGUGGAAAAGGAAUUGGAGAUGCAGAUCAGCAUGAGGCAGGAGAUGGAGCUGGCCAUGAAGAUGCUGGAGAAAGACGUGUGUGAGAAGCAGGAUGCCCUCGUGUCUCUGCGGCAGCAGCUAGAUGAUCUCAGGGCCCUCAAACAGGAGCUUUCCUUUAAGCUGCAGAGUUCAGAUUUGGGAGUCAAACAAAAAAGUGAAUUGAACAGUCGCUUGGAGGAGAAGACCAAUCAGAUGGCUGCUACUAUUAAACAACUGGAACAGAGAUUGCGCCAGGCUGAGCGAGGCCGCCAGUCUGCUGAGGAAGACAACCGCCUUUUCAAGCAGGACUUUGGGGACAAGAUCAACAGUCUGCAGCUGGAAGUGGAGGCACUCCUCAGGCAGCGGAGCCAGCUUGAGCUCGAGCUGAAACGGGAAAGAGAAAGAAGAUUACAAAAUAGUCAGCGUGCUCCAGAGAAAACCCCACCAAAGCCAGAACCCAAAUUGGACGGGAAGCAUAAAAUCCGAGAGGAAAAUGAUAAACUAAAAAAGCCCGGGGAAGAAGGCCACACAAUUCUUCCUACCAAACUGCAGCCUCCCUCUGACGAUCAGCAGGAUCAGCCGUCCCUGUUGAGGAAGCCACAGAGAUGCCAGCUGUGCCAUGAGGAGGGCAGCGCCGCCAAGAACAUGUGCAAGAAUUGUGGAGGCACCUUCUGCCAGGCCUGCUCAGCCAGCGAGCUGCCCCUCCCUUCCAGCAUCAACCCUGAGCCAGUGUGCAAUCCUUGUCGUGACCGCCUGUUGAAACAGUACUCGGUCAGCCCAUCCUAAGGCUGGGGACCAGACUGGGGCCAGAUCGCUUCAUCCUGGGCUAAGGGGCAGAGGCUUGUACCAAAGGCCAUACCUUAGAAUCAGCUAGGACUUGGAGAGGGAGAGAAAUCUGACGUCACAGGAGCCAGGCAGGGAGGGUAGGUGUUAGGAGCGCUCAGAACUGCCCUCCCUCCUUCCACAGUGACGACAGAUAAAAGCUCAGUUGAUUUUGUCUCCCCUUCAAAGUGCCCUCCCUUCGAGAGUAUAUUUAUUGUAUAGAAUGACUUUAGAUGGCUGGAUAAGCUCAGGAACAGAGGCAGGGUCACUUUUUGAAGAACUUGUUCAAACCAUGGGAGAAAAAUAAUUUAGCAUGUACAACCAAGUUUCCUUUAGACCUGUUGAAUUGGCAGGUCCACGGAAGAGCAAAUGAGAAAGGUUAGUUUUUUCUGCCACCAGACACUGAUGAGUUCAUCCUCCCAUCCCCUCUAAUCAUCUUUGUCAAACUGUGAACUUGACCUCAGGGAUACUGGUUAUAUAUUCUGAAUGUACUUAACACAAGGUGGCAAUUUCUUUAAUCUACUUUUAGCAUCAAGAGGUUCCUGCUGUUGGCCUAAAUUCUUUCUGCCAGAAUAGCAAGAGUAAAGUGGGGACUUUCCCCAAGUCCUUACCACAAGCGCCCCGCUGAAGUCACCUGUUGGCCAACAUCUAAAUUCCAAUAGGCCAGUCCCAUAGAAAAAUGAUCAUUGCUUCCAGAGUCCUCAACAACACCUGUUGGGGUGGAAAUUUUAGGAAAUCCUUCCAGAGGUGGGGACUAUGGUUGUGAAAUGUCGCAUAGACCAUCAGUCAGACCGUUGGCUUUCCUCUUUUAAUCUUUGGGGGUAAGAAAGGGAUCUAUUCAGAAACAGGUGAAAUGAAAAGGCAUCAAUUUUGAAACCUAUAGGAGGAUCACUACAAGGACUUUAGCUUAAAUAUGGAGAACUGGUGUUGGUCAACCAAGCAUAAAUUAAACCUGGAUUUCAUUUGUCCACAGCUGAGAGUGGAUGGCUCUGAAAUGAGUGUGACUUUAAGCAGUUUUAACAGUUACUUUUUCUCGACUGGGCCAGUGAUUUAGAAACAAAAUGUUUUCAUAGCAGAAUUAAGGGUUUGGCAUUAAUGGCCUGCUUUAUUUGAUGGGUCACACUGAGACAACCCUUGGUAGAAGGGAAAGGGGGGGGUGAGACAUGGAAUGUUUUCCCUUCAGAAAAUCUGUGGGAAAAUUGUGAGACAGAGUAUUUAGGUGAUCUUGCCCCCAGCUGCAGCUGGAGAAAACAGAACAUUCUGCUUAGACUUAAAACUCCUGAGAAAGAAAUAACUUAGUCCAGUAAUACUUUUCUUAAAAAUGUCAUUUGCUAGAAAGGAUAUGGGGUCUGAGAAGAAGAAUAAGGUUAUCUUCUUAAGGAAUGUUGGGAAAAUCCCUCAGAAAACUAACAGUGCCACUGGAUGAGGUCGGCAUUCAAUAUUACUGAGAAAAGUUAAACGGUGGCCCAGGUUUUUUUCUCUUUGUAUUAUUACUACUGAAUUUUUCUAUCUAGGCUUCUUAGGAAGUACAAGUUACUCCAAAAUGGCAAAGGUGUUUGGGAUCUAUCAGCCCUAAGGAGGAGGAGGUGAAAUUCAUUGUUCAGGGUGUAUAUCUUACUCAAUGAGGUUUUGUUUUGACUUUCAAAAAAUAAAGCCUCUAAUGGAAUCUGGGUGCUUUGUCAUUAGUACAAUAAUUGAAAGAGAUGAAGUGAUUACUAAUAUUACUGCUUUGAAAGGGACACCAGCAGUUCAGUCCCGUAGAGAUCCCAAUUUGACUAAAGGCAUUGAAGUGUGCAGAUUAUCCCCCAAGUUAGAUUAUUUACACUAAAGAGGUGUUUUUAGUUUGCUAUAUAUGUAAGAGGUGGCCUGCAUCGCUCCACAGACCUGAUACGGGGUCAUUUUGCAAAGGACUAUCUGCUGCUAUCUCUGCUAAUCCAGGAUCUAUAGAGCCCAUUAAAACAAUCUUAUUAAAUGAGUUGACAGCUAAGAAUGAAAAUUCCUGCUUUUACAUGCAGAAGCAGUUAUUUUGAGAGUUUCUAAGCCCUAAGAAAAACUUUUUCACAUUGAAUCUCUCCAGUUGAUUCUUGUAGAUAAAUAAUUUCAUCUUCAUCCCCAACUUGCAAACCCAAGGUUUACUGAUGUCCCUAUUUCACCCCACCAAAUCCACUGUGUUGAGUUUGUUAGAUGUGAUUUGUAUUGACUAAAUGAACUUUUAAAAAAUACUAUUUUUCUAACAAAUUGGCUUUAUUCCCUUUAGUCACUAAUCUGCCUGCUUGGCGGAGGACCCCAAAUCCAAAGAUUUUGGACACUCCUAAUACAAUAAAAGCAGCCUUUUGUGGUCCUAGAAUAACAGAUAAGUGUCUAAAGGAGUAGGAGAGUCUCUUGAGGUGUGCAUAGGAUUGGUUUUCAGAAAUACUUUAAAAGCAGGGCCAGGCCAAAAAUAAUGCUGAGGCUAGCAUCAUGGCAAAUACUUGCUAGUUAAGGUUAUGGACCAGGCCUUUCAGUAUUUCAGUGCGUGAAUCAGACUGUUUCCCAGUUUUCCACAGUGCUUUUCUUCACUUCAGGUCAUGUAAGUCGCCCAACUCAGGCUCAGUCAGAUCUCAGGGCUCCCUUGAAAGCAGGGCUUCACUUAGGUCCUGGAUAGACUUCCAGGGUGUUCCCUCAACUGGCUUGAUUCAAAGGUUGUAGAACAGUUUUGUUCUUAAAUAAAUUUAUUUGAUCUUGU